GCCCCGCCCCGUCGCGUCCCGCUCGGCCCCGCAGCGCGGCCAUGGCUCCCGCUGCCGACCGCGCGGGCUACUGGGGCCCGCCGACCUCCACCCUGGAGUGGUGCGAGGAGAACUACGCCGUGUCGCACUACAUCGCCGAGUUCUGGAACACAGUGAGUAACCUGAUUUUCAUUCUACCUCCACUCUAUGGUGCGAUUCAGUCCUAUAAAGAUGGCCUUGAAAAACGGUAUUUAGCUGCAUAUUUGAGUCUCACAGCUGUGGGAUUGGGAUCUUGGUGCUUCCACAUGACCUUGAAGUAUGAAAUGCAGCUGUUGGAUGAGCUGCCAAUGAUAUACACUUGUUGUGUGUUUGUCUACUGCCUGUAUGAAUGUUUCAAGUACAAGAAUACAGUCAAUUACCCGCUGCUUUGUAUAUUGAUAGGAUACAGUUUUGUAGUCAGCAUUAUUUACCUAAAAUUGAAAGAACCUAUAUUUCAUCAGAUCAUGUAUGGAACGCUGGUCUCUGUGGUAGUCAUGCGGUCUGUAUAUAUAGUGUUAUGGGUAUACCCAUGGCUUAGGGGUCUGGGCUAUACAUCCUUAACUGUAUUUUUAAUGGGAUUUUUCCUUUGGAAUGUAGACAACAUUUUCUGUGAUAAAUUGAGGGCAGUACGAGACAAGAUGCCUCCUGUUGUGGGAGCUGUGACACAAUUCCACGCGUGGUGGCACAUCCUAACAGGCCUUGGCUCUUACCUUCAUAUCCUGUUAAGCUUAUACACAAGGACACUCUUCCUGAAGUACAGACCAAAAGUAAAGUUUAUUUUUGGAAUAUGGCCAGUCCUUCUCGUGGAGCCUCCCAAGAAGCACUGACCAGGAGCACUAGCUAAUGAUGUGUGACCACCUAGCCUGGCUGAAUAAAGAAAUUCUCCAAACCUUGAGGCUGAAUGAAGUGUCAAAUUAUACAUCAGCUCCGAAGUUUCAUAGCAGUGAAAGGACUUCUCUGUAUUACUGGUACCGCCAGGCACAGCACAGAGGGAAGAGUUGGCACAUUAUGGGAAUAAUGUUUAAAGUACAAUUUUAUUCUGAGGUGUUAAAAAGUAAAAACAAAAUAUUUUUAUGUAUAUAUUGUAAAGCUGAAGAUAUCGGGCUAAUAUUUCGUGCUGGUCACUGAAAACUAACUUCUUUUGAAGUGGGCUGCAUAUGUUUUUUCAUUCUGCUGUCUGUCUUCUCUGUGGUUUAAACUAAUAUUAGUAACUGAAUUAUGAAGGCCCGGUGCUGGCCAAGCUUAAGUAUCUAGAUGGCCUUUAGUGUCCUAGAUGCUUGCUCUAAACUACUUUAAGCUUGCACUUUUACAUAGUUUAGUGAAGCAUGUGAUUAUUGAGGGCUCCUUCUACCCUGCUUCUGUCCAGCUGCUUCUGCUGUUUGUAUUCAGUAAGGGUGACAGGGUGCAUGGUGCAAUUCUGCCAAAAUGCAACAGGUUUCCAUUUUCCUUUCAUCCAGGGAUGGGCGGGCACGCCAUGAGGAGUCUUCCAACUCCACCUGCAGAGAAAGCACAUCAGUCAUAUCCCUCAGGGAUCAUUUCGGAAGUUGUUGCAUUUAAAUGUUCUUGCUAAUGUCUUUGCACAAAGGUGACGAAACUGGAAAUCUGUCCCGAGUUGUGACUGACUAGCAACACAUCAUAAGAAUGCAGAAGGUCAUUUUUGAUUGCUCUGCCUAACCCAAGCAAAUCCUUAUUAAUUCUCAUGCUUCUUAUUUUCUGUCUCUCAUUUCCCAAAUAGCAUUCCAUACCCACAAAUGGGUCUAGCCUUUACAUGGACAAACAAUUUCUAUUCUUGGCUCCUUCCAUAUUUUACAUCUCUUAAAAAAUUAUCACCCAGACAUCCUAAGCACCUAUCAGCCCCCCUGUCUUUUGGAGCAAGGGGGGCUCCUCAGUUCUGAAAAAAUCAGGCCUCUGUUUGGUCAUCUCAGCAUAAUUGGUAAUGCUUCAGAUCACUUGUUUGUGAUCUUUCUUUGAUGCAGCCACCAGCUGGGAAGUUUGGGCCAGCUCCUUAUGGCUCUCUUCCAUCACAGUAACCCACCUACUAUGUGCCUGUCAGGGUAAGAGAUCCCCCAUAUUUCUUCAGCUUGUCCUCCCAUUUGAUAGAAACCUAAACCAAAUUAAUAAACGUAAAGGGAAAUGAUCUAGCUGAAUCAAUAGGAUUUAUCAAAAUGUGCCACACACUUGUGGCCGUGAUUUUGGCCCUCUCAACUGCAGAGAGAUUCAGGAAGUGCCUAGAGCCUCUCAGCCACUCGCUCUGUGACUUGUCCUCCAGUGUUAUUCUAAGGGUUGUAUGUCCUCCUGUAUUCUCUUACGUGAUACAGAAGUAGCCCACAACCUUUGGCCCGUGGGCAACAAAGCUAAGCAAGUAACAGGCUGCAGACCUCAUAUUUUGCUCUCCCCAUCCACCAGGGCUAUAGUGGUGACAGCCUCAGUUUUACCUUUUAACAUCCUGUGUCUAUGAGCAACAUCAGAGGGCAGCAACAGGCUGGGACCACUGUCCUAUACAUUAAUGUAACACAAGAAUUACCUGUGCUAUUUUGGAAAUGCCACUACCUUUGUACAUUAAUUCAACACAGGCCUACAGAGAUUUUUAGAGCAGCAGGGCAUGAGUAUGCCCGAUGCGAUGCGGCUGCUUGGAAGAUCUGCACAGUUCUGGUAUGUCCAUUUUUUUUGUUUUGACUUCUUAAAAAAUGGAUGGAGGGCCUGUAAGAUACGGUCUGUAGUAACUAAAAUUGGCUCUUCAUUCUUGCAUAUUUAUCUCUGUUUACAAUUACCUGUGUACCCUCAGGGCCUUCUGUAGUACGACUAAUACAUGAAUCUUUAAUUGAGGUUUUGACAGGCAUUUCAUGAGCUGGUUCUUGAAGUUAAACCGAACAAAGGCCAUGAUUCAGGGGCGGUGCUUACAUCCCAUUGAAGUCAGCGGGUGCAUCUGCAUGUGCUAUUAAGGUGAAAAAAUAAACUUUGCAGUUAUCGCACCACAGUUUAUUAUUCCCGUGUGCUGCAUUUACACAUGCACCUGGGAUGGCAGCACUCUGAGCCAGGUCACAGCAGCCCCAGCUGGCAAGAGGCCUGAGGAGUCAGCCUACCAGCCCGGGGCUGCUCCACCUCAGCUCAGUGUGCUGCAGAGGGGCUGGCUGGGGCACAAGGGUGCUCCAGUAUGGGGCUAGCUGGCAUGCAGCCCAUGCACUGAAGCAUCCUCGUGCCCUGUCCACCUGUCAGCAUCUACACAUGUAUUGCUGUGCACGAGAAAAAAACUCUGCACCAAGGUAGUACUUGUAUUUAUGAAUAGUACUCUGCUGCAGAGUUGAUUAGUUUCCUGUGGUCUAAUCAGGCUGCACAUGUAGACACAAGACACGUACUGCGCAGCUAAUUAGUCUACUCUGCAGUGUAGGCACAGCCAGAGAGACUUAAAUAGACACUUAAACCUAAGAAAAUGCUUUGCAGAGUCAGGCUUCGGAAUUACCUGCAUUGUCCAUGAAAAGGCUUGAGAUCCAUUUUAAAACCACAACUAACAGAAGCCCCUACUGUCAGAGCUCCUAUUGCCUCUGCAUGCUGCAUUUGGAUCCUUUUCAUCACCUCCUGCCCUAAAGGAGCAGUUGAGCAUUUGUUCUGCUGAAUGCAUGCUGCAAGCCACUUGCAUAGGAACAUCUACUUUGUACCUGCAGCAUGUCGAGCACAUUAGCAGUCACUGGGGCCUUCCAGCUACUUAAUAUUUAAAACAAACAAACAAAAAAAACUUUGUUUUGGUGGCCUUAUUUUUUGCCUUGCAGAAUUUGGGGGCUCUGUGUUUGAAACUUGUCUGUAUGCCCACAGCAGCUGCCAUGGGCUAAAAGCCAGUUUCUUGAUGAGAUGUUUGUAUAAGAUGCUUGAAGAACCAUGCUGAUCAACCUGUGCACUUGUGAGAAACAAGUUAGCACAUGGCUCUUUGGAUUGUGUUAAAUCAGUUUGUCAGGGUAUCAAGGGUAUUUAAAAAUCUGUCCGCAACAGUUUUUUGCUGCUGCUUGGGGUUUUAUACCUUUCAUUUAAAAAAAAUAUAUAUUGGGAAAUGGCUUAUAUUUUCACUUUGAGUAGCCAAAAUAUGCACUUUUCCCCCACCAGGAGUUUGCCACUACCUAAAGAAUGUACGUUAGAUGUUUAUGUCUCUAAUUAUAAAUAAUAAAAUAUAAUUAUGGAUGUGUUGGGAAGCACUACCUUACAGCUAAUACACCUGAUAUUUGAAAAUGUCAGGGUAGAGUUUUACUCUUUUUAUAUCGUUAAUUCUAAGUGGCGCGAACCAUGGCCUUCACCGCAGACUUGCAAAAUAGAGACGUAUCUUUCCACUGUAAUUUGGGAUGUGCCUGUUACCAUUGCUACUUGUUUCUGUUCUGUGUGACAAAGAAGAGCAAAGAGGCAUUUAUUGUCAAUGAAGUUUAGAGCAGAUGUCAAACUCCAGUGUGGACUGCACCUUAAAAAGAGUACCAUGGAGCACCUUGCUGUCCCAUCUGAGCUCAAAACAUCCCUGUGGCAGUUACUUUUAUGGAAAAGAAAAAAUUAGGGCCAGCGUUUCUUAGGGAAGGAGUGAGUAGCCUUUGAAUUCAAGUGUAAAGGCUGGGGACUUUAACUCUGAGGCCAGUGUUUUACAAAAUACCAGGAUAGACAAGCACCAUGGUCCCUUGUAGCUGUCUGUGAAAAAGCCUUGACAGCUAUCACCAGGUGACCAGUCCACGGUCCAUCCACAGACCACGGUAUGAGAACCUCGGCCUUAGAGAGAAUACCAGGAACUUUAGACUUCUCUGCCAAUACAGCUCACAUGCUUUAUAUCAGGAGCCAGGAUUUUUUGAAUGCAACUCAGCAAAAAAGGAUUUGCAAUGAUGGGAGGACAUGGCAGGUUGAAGCCAGUCUUCAAAAGGAAUAUUUCAAGUAGGUCUUUCUGGAAGGCAGCGAUUCGUGUUGACUAACAGUAUUAGUCAUCUCCAGGACACGUCUUUAGGGGAUAGGGGAUGUUCUUGUCUUUCAGCUCUCACGUGAAGAGAUGCAUAACCAGCAAGUGUUCAGAGAAAGUGAAAUCUUUCUUUUAAGAGCACCGAGUAUGAAUUCAGAAUAUGCAAUAGAAUUAUCACUUGCAAAUCUACCUCUGUCAUGCACGUUACCCACUAUUACCAGUGCCCUUACUUUACCAAUGCAGAGAUAAAAGCAAGUAGCCUAACUCAGAACUCAAAAUCUGCCUCCAGUUGUAACAGUAUUGAAGUAAUCUGUGGCUGAGUAUAUUAGCUCCCCCUGAGCCGACUGACUUUUUAGAUGUCUGUUGGAUUUCUUGCUUAUAUACUGUAUCCUCCUGUUCCUCUGCACGCAGAAUUCUGAUUGAUGCCAAUGGGAAUUACAUGCAAAUAGAGGCACCUCUGGAUUGAGGUUUUCAUUAGAGACAUGGUUUUAAACCUUGCCAAUACAUCCAUAUGAUUAGGUUACGUCUGAGGUUUUAGUUAACCGUGAAAUACAGUGUUUGCUGACUUGGCCUGUGGGAAGUACGCAAUGGUAAAAAUACUAUUUUAUGACAAGUGUUAUUUCUCAGUUCUAAAAUGUUCUGUGUUUGCUGCUUGGCUGAAAGAAAAAUACGUGCUGGAAACUCAGUUGAUUUGGGCUUGAAAUUUUCUUGUUGGCAACAUCUAGUUGCCAACAGCUUGUGGGUGUUUUCAGGCAUCAAGCUAAUGUGAUCAGCCAAGAUUUUCCAAACCAGGAGCCCCAAACUUACACUACUCCAUGUGCAUUUAGGCACCUUAACAAAAGUAAAACAUGCAAACAGCAGCCCAAACCUCCCACUGCUGUCAGCCUUUUUGACAAUCAUCACCCCUCUCUUUGCAUUGUACUCAACAGUGUGACAGCAAUGCUUUUUUAAAUGCAUCUUAAUACUAAUUUCUGUAAUGAUUUUGGCAUCUCAUGGCACAUGAGUGAUCAGGUGGAGCACUCUGUCAUUGGAAGAGGGGGUUUUUUUCUUGAAGGUAUAGUGAUUGCCCAAGACAUCACUAAGCAGUGGCACAUUUUUCUUCAAAAGACCUGUGCAGCUGGGGUCCCUUUCUCCUUUUUAUUGCUGGGUCCCUGCCUUUACUUUUCAAUGGACAAGUGAAGUAGUCCCUUGACUUCACUGGAGCUCCACCUGUACAGUGCAAAUUCCAGACCGGGGACUUUUUAAAUUCUCUGCUUCUGUUUAACCUGGUUAAAACAGCUGCAAGGUGUUUUUUUUCCUUUACUGAUGGAAGGAGAAAGCAAGAAAGAUCACAUUGAUGUCAGGUAAGAUACAGUGGGAGCUUAAAUACAAUAUCCCACAGCAUCGGUUUUGUCAUUCGCCUGAUAAUUGCACUUUAGCCACCUGUAUUAAAAGCUUGAACGUUUUAAAAUCUAUGCUCUUCACUUCUAAUACUGAUCCUGAGCUCUUUGCCGCAGUGGUACCGUAGAUACAAUUUUUUUCUUAAUUCAUAGAUUUUCUCAAAUGUACCUUUUUAUCUGGAUGAAAUGCGGAGUGGAGUGUUUUGUAUACCAACAUUACACGUGGGGAAUGUUCCCUAUUUUGUUUGAAAGUCAAAUGUAGUAACACAAAGCGGACUCUAUAUCCCUCUCGGUCGAGGAUGAUCAAUCCCGCGAGUCAAGUAAAUGGUUGUAAAUAAGGCCGAUAGAUCCUAGAGCCACGGACACUGGCAAAUGCCACAGACGGUGUUUAAAGGGAGGGUCAGACCACAGAACCUCCCUUUAGCCCCCAUCUGGUCCGACUCUAGCAUGGAAAUAAUUAUAGUUAUCAAAUGUAUAAAAUUGCAUGCCACUGGCUACUGCUGCUAAGUGCCUGAUUCUUCUCAGUCACCAGUCUUUCAUGUUCUGAGAUUAUGUUUUUUUUCUUGGAUACUAAGGACAGGAUCACUGGUGUGCGUGCUUUUUGUUCUUCUUGUUACAUUAUUAUUUACUGAGCUGUUAAACAUAAAUAUUAAAGCAAAAUUCACAUCUUAGCAACACUCCGAUGAUUGGCUCAUCCAGCAUUUUGCCACCUGUUUACUGAGCUAGCCCCACAAGUGUGAUUUCCAUGCCUGUUCCUACCAGAGCACGCUUCAUUUGAGGUUUUGAAAGCCAGCCAGGGGAGUGUGACCACAGAGCUUCCCCAUGUUGAAUUGUGCGGCUAGGUAAAACAAACUCUAGCCCACAAGGUCGAUGGCACUUCAGUCAAGUGGACGCUUGUGCAGAGCCUCAGUGACUGGAAGACAGCUUCCAGGCUGGGCCUACAUUGGGUAGGUUAUCAGUUUUAGGUAGGAUUGAGGCUUAACCUGCUAAGUGUCUUGGAAAAUCACUGCUUUCACUUGCUGGAGCCACCUGCAUUGUUUCAGUCAUUGCAGGGUUUGUAGAUUAACUUGGUCACAAAUAAAGUUAAGGGGAUGCAGAUCUCUACAGCGCAACCUGCCAGUUCUGCGCAUGUGUUUCAAAGCCAUUGAACACAAAUCGGGCAGCUUGUUUGGAGACUGCAAGCGUGUAAUUUGUUUCGGUUUAAAUUAUUUUGGCCCCAGCUCAGGAAGGUACUGAAGCAAAACUUUAUCAGCAUGUUCUUAAGAUCAUCCCUUUCUUGCAAAGCUCUUAAGAUCAUGUGCGUGCCAUGGCAUGGGGCUGUGAAUAGGUGCUGAUGUGCCUUGCUUAGGAUGGACUUUUUCACGUGUGUUCAAAUCUGAGUUGCGCUGAUACAUUUUGCUGAAUUAAAGCCUUAAUCGCUGCCCGGAACAGAGUUGAUUGAUUGACCAUGCACAGUAUUGCUCCCUGGGUUAGGGAGGAAAGACUUGAGCAUAAGCAGUAGUUACUCCGUAGACUGACUUGGGUCCUGCUUUUUCUCUUGAUCUGCCAAAUUGUUGUUACCGACCGAACUGAGUUUAAUGCACUGAUAACGCCUUGUUUACCGUCUAGAAGAUAUUGGAGCUCUCCAGCCAUAGUGGACCUGGAGUAUCUCGUGUAUUAUGUGACCAAACUUUCUAACUAUCAACACUAUCUGUAUUAGCGUAAUAUAUAUUUUUUUUCUUUGAACAAGAUUUUGUUGCAGAUGAAGUCGCUGUGACAAAUAACAUGAAUAUAAUGGAUGGCUAUGUAAAAGCCUAUUGUACUAAGCGAUGUUUAAUAAAUAUUUUGAUAUAUUGUA